AUGAACCAAAAAUUCAUUUUUGCGUUUAUUUUAUUAUUUGCGAUUUCUGUUACCAAUGCUAUCACUCUCAAGAAAAGAACCACUGAAUUUCUUAAAUGUAAUAGUUUAGAUCCUCUUUCUUUUAUAUCUGUAAUAGUUUCACCUAACCCACCAGUUCCUGGACAAAAUGCUACUUUUAGUGUUUCUGGAGUUUUAGGUCAGGAUAUUAAGGAGAAUGGUGUGAUUAUUAUUGCAUUUCGAACCGACGACUGUGUCCCCCUAGGUGUUUAUCCUACGACUUCUGUCCCUCCAACUAAAGCUGGCAUUUAUUUUGGUGCAACAAUCGAAGCUACAGUACCACGAAAUUUUAAACUACACAAUUCAACCGUCUACUAUAUAAAUGCUUAUCUUGAGAAUGGUAAUGUGCCGAUAGGUUGUGCAGAAGCAUGUUUCGGUCAACGUUGUAAAAAUUAG